AUGAGAAUCCACACAGGGGAGAAAUCCUACCGAUGUUCUGUCUGCGGCAGAGGGUUCGCAGGAGCAACCAAUCUAACCAAUCACACGAGGAUCCACACGGGGGAGAAACCCUACCGCUGUACUGAGUGUGGAAGGUGUUUCUCUGUCCUGGGUCAUCUCCAGACACACAUGAGGAGCCACACGGGGGAGAAACCCCACCGCUGUACUGAGUGUGGAAGGUGUUUCUCUGUCCUGGGUCAUCUCCAGACACACAUGAGGAGCCACACGGGGGAGAAAUCCCACCGCUGUACUGAGUGUGGAAGGUGUUUCUCUGUCCUGGGUCAUCUCCAGACACACAUGAGGAGCCACACGGGGGAGAAACCCUACCGCUGUACUGAGUGUGGAAGGUGUUUCUCUGUCCUGGGUCAUCUCCAGACACACAUGAGGAGCCACACGGGGGAGAAACCCCACCGCUGUACUGAGUGUGGAAGGUGUUUCUCUGUCCUGGGUCAUCUCCAGACACACAUGAGGAGCCACACGGGGGAGAAACCCUACCGGUGUACUGUCUGCGGUAAAGGGUUUAGUGUGAGCUGCAACCGGACGCAGAACAUGAUGAUACACACAGGGGAGAAACCCUACCGGUGUACUGUCUGCGGUAAAGGGUUUAGUGUGAGCUGCAACCGGACGCAGCACAUGAUGAUACACACAGGGGAGAAACCCUACCGGUGUACUGUCUGCGGUAAAGGGUUUAGUGUGAGCUGCAACCGGACGCAGAACAUGAUGAUACACACAGGGGAGAAACCCUACCGGUGUACUGUCUGCGGUAAAGGGUUUAGUGUGAGCUGCAACCGGACGCAGCACAUGAUGAUACACACAGGGGAGAGACCGUACCACUGUCCUGACUGUCAGAAAGGAUUCAUCACCAUGGUCCGGCUGAGGAGACAUCAGAUCGCCGUUCACACGCAGGGAGAAAUGUUCUUCUGUAAAUGA